AUAACAUAACAUAGCCGCGAUGAAAACAAAAAAAUAAAAAAUGUGGUAGCAUAUUGUGAACAUUUGUGAAGUGAUAAUGUAAGGUUUUAUAGACAUAUAUCUAGUAUUACUGUAUAAUGUAGUAACAUAAAAGGAAAAUAACAAAAACCAAAGCAAUAUGAUGAAAAUAAAAGCUUUAAAUAGGGAAUCUUCAUCUGAUGAAGAUACUCCUGUUAUACAAAGGGAGGCACAGGAAGAAAUUGCUUUAGAGCUGUACAACAAAGCACUUUGUCUUCAAAAUGAAAGAGGUUUUUCUGAGGCAGAAUCAAUAUUAUCCAAACUGAUAGAAGAAAACAUUCCUUUGUUGGAAAACAAUGGAGGUCUACCAAAAUCGAUGUCUAAUCUAAAAUAUUCGUGCCAUAUGAAUAUUGGAAAUAUCUACUUAAAACUGAAUAGAGUCAAUGAGGCUCUGGAAAAAUACUUACUGGCAUCUGAGUUGGAUGGCACCGAUGUGACUUUAUGGCAUAAGAUCGGCAUGUUGUCACUGGAUCAGAACAAAUUCCGUCAAUCAGCAUAUGCAUUUGCAAAGGGUCUCGAAUGUAGUGAAUCACAUUGGCCUUGUCUAGACAAAAUAAUAUCUGUUUUAUAUGCAAUAAGAGAUACAGUCGCGUGCCUGGAAUAUAUAGGAAAAGCUUUAAUGCUAGAUCCAGAUUACAGUAAAGGAUUAGUAUUGAGGAAACAAAUUUAUAGGGACAAUCCAGCUACAAAAGAAUAUUAUAAAUUGUAUAAUCCUGAAAGCAUUUGGGAACCACCUUUAGAUGUACCAAUCGAUGAAGAAGACGAAAAGAGUUUCCUUGAAGAAGCACAAACGUUAUGUGAUAAAGUUACUGCAGUAGAAAAGUCAUUCGAAUCGAAGCCCUUGCAAACUAUUGCGCUUCCUAAAAAUUUGAAAGAUUUUACGUGGUUGUCUCUAACAGAAACUAUUAUUUUCAUUCAUCAAUACUUAGCAGAUCAUGAACUGAGCCAUUUCACCAUGAUAGACAUGAAAAAAUGUAUGAGCCAAGUCGAAGACCCUUCCGUCUUUAAAUUUCCGCAAUCUGAUCAAGUCGAAGAUACAAAACCUGUAGACGAUAACGUAGCUGAUAAUAAAGCACCACAAGUCAACGGCGAAACUGGUAGUCACGAAGAAAAGAUGGAGACUGAUCAAAUUAUCGAAAGAAGGAUAUCGCAGAACAGUGAGACUAAUACAACUGAAGUGCAAGAAAGCACUCCAGUACAAACAGACAAUGAUGAGGAACAAAACAUGGAGCAAGAAACUGAAGAACAGGAUGAAGUUGUUGAACCAAGAGAACGAGGCCGGCCAAGAGGUUCAAAAAGAAAAAGAGAUGUUGUCUCAGACCUGCAAAUAUGGAGUUGGUAUAGUAGAAGGAAACUUUCCAAGAAAGCAAAAGAGAAAGAUUUUACGGUAGAAGAUGCACUGGAAAGAGUAAUACCGAAAGAUUUAUUACCAUAUAGAAUAGAUCCGGAUAAGUUCACUAACUUUGAAGAUUCGAUGAAUACAAUGGACCUUUACCAUAUGUAUGUUGAAAAUUACAACGUUAAUUACUUGUCACCGAUCCAUUCUCCAAAAUCUGUAAAUUACGAACAGUAUUUUGGAACUGACCGGGAAGUUGAAGAUGUACGAGAAUUCUGGAUGAAAAGUCGUGAAUACUACGACGUUAUAGUAUUAAUAAAAGACUUAGUAUUCCACUUAUCGAAAUUGUGGCAUCACAAGUGGCCCAAAGAGCUAGUUCCACUCUACAUAACAGCUUACAAUAUGUUUAGAGAACACUGUGAUCCUCCUCAGGUAUUCUGUGGUGGACAUUCCUUCGAAGAAUUGAAGAGGGAUGCCUUGGCUGCUAUUUUAUCUGGAGAAUUAGCAUUUUUUAGCUGUGAUACUAAAGAUCCAUUGCCUCCCACUUUGUUGGGUAAUUUGAGGCUUAUUAGUGGAUGGGAGGAUGAGUGGAAGGAGGAAUAUCCUUCAUUUUUCAUCAGAGUAUAUUGGUUACAGGCUCAUUUGUUUCGCAAAGAGAAUAAUAACGAUCUGGCAGUAACUGCUCUACAGUUAAUACAAGAAGCUAUAGAGGAAAAAGAAGCUUCAACUAAAGAGAAGUAUAUGUUAAGUUUACCUAAUUGUUUCAAAUAUGGGCUCAUAAAUAUCGACAUUACAAAGAAAAUUUUUAAACAUUUAGAAAUGAUCAACUCACUUUCAACCGUCGAAAGUUUGUUCAAUUCAGAAAGGUACACAGAGGCUGCCGAUAUUCUUAAAGAGACUUUCGGUGGUGGGCCGUGUCCACAAGUUGGACGAAUGGGACGUCCGGCUCAACUCGGCCUUCUUAUGCAUUCCUUAUGGUUCACGGACAAAGGGCAGUGCUUUAUAUGGACCGAGCAAAGUCUGAACGAAGCCUUCGAGCAACAUUUGAAAUUCAGCAAGGAUCAGGAUAAGUGGGAGAAGGUUUUGGAAAAAUGUCUGGCUAUUCUAUUCGAAAUUAUCAAACAAGAUACUAUUUGCGUUGUCGAUUUCUUGCAGGAAGAACAUCGAGCUAGGCUCGUUCAGAAUUUAUCUAAAAUUAUUUCUAGGCAGCUCAGUAACGACAGUUCAAAGUUUAGUUUUAGCUGUGUCACUCCAUGGAUUUUGCUGCACUACGUUCUUCUCAGGGAAGAGCAGAGAGCCUAUGCUAAACGAAGAAAUCUUAGAGGAAAAAGGGAAAAGUCUGAAAACAAUGGCGAAAUGGAAGAACCUUUCGAUAAUACCGUACCUCCUUCGUUAUCAAUUUUAUUUUCCGCUCACGAAUUUCUGGGUCCGAAGGGUCUAUGUAUGGCAAAUCAAGGUGAGCUGUUACAUUUUAUAAUCGACACAAUUCUGGAUAAGCUUGAUACACCGAUUUUUGAAAGAAUAAGGAACAGUUUAGAAAUCCAUGUUGAGCAGUCAAUGUUUUGCUUAUACCAACAUCCUAGUAAAAAGAAUAAGGUGUCCCGUCAUUUAGCCGACCACAACGUAGAUCCUCUUCCAUUGACAUGGGAACGAGCCUGUCAACUGUUCGAAUUUUAUGGACCUGACCAUUUACCAGAAUUUAACUCAUACAAAAAUGCUUCGAUUUCUGCGGAUCUAGAACAACUGUUCAAAAGAAUAAUUGCUCUGGUUCCACCCAGCAACGCUCUACAGCACCACCUACCGAAGGUUAUGGAUUACAUCCAUGGGAAAACUGAUAAAAUGUGGGAGUCUGUAGAUUUUCCUCGCAAAGUAAAAGCGAUCUAUUUUCUCAUCGGUGAUUUUUAUUUUAAAGAUCGAGAUUUUGCAAAAUGUAUAAAAUUCUUCCAAAUGGACUUAUGCAUAAAUCCUGAACGUUUGGAUUCGUGGGCCUGUUUAGGAUUAAGUUAUGCUGCUCAGUUGGAUACUAAACUCAAUCAUUGCGAAAAAUUUAAGAGCGAAAUGGAGUUUUUAGAUAAGGCGAAAUAUGCGAGUAUUUGCUUUAAGAGAGCUCUAGACAUUUGUCCGGAUCCGCUUACUUUAUGGAUUGAGUGUGGCAGUUUUCAGUAUAACGUUCAUUCCUACUGUUCCAGAGUUAUGAAGUUUGAAUCGGAAAAUUUAAGCAUGGAAAGGUUUGAGUUUCUCGAAAAUCAGAAAAAUAGUUACCUGGAUAGUUCUGGCAAUAGUUUUGAAAAAGCGAUCGCUAUAUACGAACUGGAGGACACAAACGAGGCAGACGAAAGAUGGUUACAGUAUUACAUUUUAGGAAAAAUUGCCGAAAAGAAGCAGAAGGAACCGGCAGAAUAUCUACAGUAUUAUUUAACGGCUACUACUUUAUUAAACGAAAACAAUGCAGAAUACCCAGAAAAAAUAAACUACAGCAAUCCUCAACACUUAUCUGUCGAAGCUCUGGAACUUCACUACAGAAUCCACGCAUCAGUUUUGAAAUAUCUAGAACUUCAUGAAGGAAAAGACAUACCUAACACUUUGGGAGCUUUUUUCAAAAAGUGUAUGGGCAUGUCCAAAUUUUUGCAGAAACCAUUACCACCACCUCCACCACCACUUCCCCCUGAACAAACAGCAGAGGCACCCAAACUAGAGACGCCGCCUAAAUUAGAAACAGUUGUGCCAAACGUAACUGAAGAACUUUGUAAAACUCCGACUACUCCUAAUACCAGUUUUCAAGAACAGUUCUUGAAUUCUUUAAAUAAACUGAGUUCAUCGACCACUGAUAGUAAAGAUGAUAAAGCUAGACAAAGUAAUGAUGUACAAAAGAAUGAAGAUAAAGAAUCUGAGGUAGUCGUAGAAAAACCGAUCGUUAACGGAAAGACUGAAACUGAAAUUGGUAUCGAAAAGACUGAAAGUAUAACUGUUAAAGAAAGUUCUGAGAUCAAAGUUGACCCUGAACUUGUUAAAUCUAAAACUGAUACGGAAACUACCGACACAAAAACAAUUGAAGAUAAAACGGAUGUGGAAAAUAAAGCUACUGCAAUUAUUACAGAAGUUAACGACAAUAAAAAUGAUCUGGAUAAUAUUGAAGAAAAAUCUACAACGGAAGUUGCAAAAAUCUGCAGUCCUGUAGCAAAAACUGACAGUAAUACUACAAUGGAGAAUAAUACUGAAGAUGACGUUAUAAUGAUAAUUUCCGAUUCUGAGGAUGAAAAUAAAAUAGAUCUAUCACCUAAGAAAAUGGAAGUAGAUGAAAAACAACCUGAAACUUCAAAUACUGAUGAGAGUAAAGAAGAAGAGGAGAAAAUGGCUUUAACAAAUAGCAAAGAUCUAGAUGUUACUAAAGAGGAAGAUGUUAUUAAAGAUAAAAUGGAGGUAGAUGGAGAAGCAGAACGUAAAGAAGAUAAAGAUACAGAUCAGAACAUGGAAGAACAAGACAUGUGUAAGGCAAAACAACCGAAUGAAGCAGACGAAAACAAGGUGAAACUAGAGGAAAGCUCACUUCCAGAAGGAUCCAAAUUUGGUGCAGUGAAAGAUGUACAACAGAUGCUGGAUGAAAUGAUGAGGCAGACAAUGAAGGAAACCGAAGAAGGGGGAAACGAAGUUGAUUCGGAUAUGAGCGGAACAGAAAAAAUAGAAGAAGUUGUUUUAAAAGAUGAUCAAGAAAGUAUGGAAACGAAAGUUGAGACCAAGGUGGAAGUAGUAGUUGAAAACAAGGAAGAAACAAGUGAGAAAAAGGUUAAUAACGAAGCAAAGCCUAAAAGGGAAAAACGUAGUGAUACAGAGACGGAUAAUGAUAAAAAAGCAUCGGCGGGAGAGUCGAGUAGUGGGUCCAGUUCUUCAUCCAGUUCAAGCGAUAGCUCGGAUUCCGACAGUGAUGAUGACGAUGAUGAUAGCAGCUCUAGUAGCUCUUCAUCAUCUUCUGACGAUAACAGUGAAUUCAUGUCUCAGAAUGAAAUAUCGCAUCUCAUAGAUAGAUGUGUAAAUGGUUUGGAAAUUUGCAUCACUCGCUUAACUCAGAAUUAUAAAGCUCUAUACCGCCUGGCUCAUCUCUAUUUUCACUAUAAACUGAAAAAAGAUAUUACUAAAUCUAAACAACUUUUACUUAGUGAAUACAAAUGUAAAGACGGCACUGUCGUUUCUGGACUCUUUAAUGAUAGGAAACCGAAUAACUUUUUUCACGGAAUAUGGAGAAUACCUUCUACAGAAAUAGAUAGACCUGGUUCACUUUCAGCACAUAUGAGUAGAUGCCUAUCGUUACUAAUGCAAAUAUUGAGGAAUACUAACGAUAAUAAAACGUUGAUAGAUUUGUGUGUACAGUUAACAAAAGUUCCGGAUCCCGAUAAGAUAUAUAUAAAGAAUUCAGAAAGAAUGGCUUUCUCUGAACAAGCGAUGACGAUGUGUAUCCAAAGUUUUAAGAGUCAAAUUAAGCUCGUUCCUAACAUGACCAAUCCACAGAUCGCGAAAAUUCUGCAAGAAAUAUAUAAAAUAUACCAGAGGUUGAUGAAACAUGUACCAUCCAAAGAAACACCUUUUGCUAAUCUGUUAGUGGAAGUUUACAAACAGUUUAUAAAAGAAAAGAUUCCUGAAAACGUUAACAUUCUUGAUUUGGCUGUUAAAUUUUGUAUGCAGAAUAAGUCUGCGGAAAAGAGUAGGCAGCAAGGAAUUUCACCAAAAACUCCCAUGUUUGUACCUAGAGGACCAGGAAUUUCAACAUCUGCACCCGUUAUGCCUUCACCGCAAACAAUAACUCCACCACAAGGCGCGCCUUUAAAAAGGCCCCCCGGAUCUAGGCCGAGAGGGAGACCACCUCUACAGAAGGCACCAGGCCAACCUCGGUACCAAAGGUCAAAAAGUCCGAGCGCUGCUGCUAAUUUGAACAAGACCUACUCCUGGCAAAAAUCUCUCAUGGAUCAGACUUACGCCAUUGAAUACAUAAAACACUAUAAAGAUGAACUGAUUAAGCAGUAUAGUAAGAAUAUGAGUAUUCCUCAGCUGACACAGUUAAGUCAAAUACUGACACAAGGUCAGAUCAAUAAUCCACUGACGGCAACUGCCAUAACAAGUCAAAUGUUGGCACAGACGGGAUUACUAAAUUCCACUUUACUGAAACAGAUGAAUGCUAUGGGAAAUGUCGGCUCUCCAAACAUGUCGGCUCAAUUAUUAGACAGCUUGAACCAACUAAACCCGACUAUGAAAAAGCAGUUGGGCAUCGAACAUGCUCUAUCCAGUUUAACACCAGACCAGUUAAAGUUGCUCACAACUUUAAUUCCCAAACAGCCAACUUCCAGUGUCCCGAGUACAUCAUCUAGUUUACAUACCAUGACAUCAACAUCAGGUAUCGUGAGUACUGGCAAGCAAACUAAGCUACAUUCUUCUGGUUCUUCAAGACAACACAUACCGAGUACAUCAAUGCCGAGUACAUCAAUGCCAAGUAUAUCAAUGCCGAGUACAUCAAAGUCGAGUAUAGGCGAUACCUCUAAACAUAAACAAAGUGCUAGUACUACAUCGUCUAAAAAUAUAACCAUGAGUCACACUGUCACACAGAUGUUUAAGGAACCCGCAGUUAAUAAAUCUCAAUCUCCGGAAGAAAAAGCAGCUAAGGACUUAAUGAAAGACCGACCGAAUAUAUCAAUUACUCCUGUAGCUGUAUCGGCGCUGCCUCCACCUCCAAGUAUAUCUCCAAGCUUUAUGAGACCAACUUCAACAAGCCCUUCAAGUGGUAAAACUCUUCAAGAGAAACUUGCAGAAAAGAAAAAAGAGCAACAGAGUAAACAAAUGAAAUCGAGCGGCGAGGAAGAGAAGCGUCAAACGGACGCCUUAAUGAAAACAUUAAACAUUACUAGUCUGCCAUCAUCACUAACAGUAUCGCCUGCUCAACCAAUUCCUUUGCCUUCAAUUAUUAAACCACCGGAUACAUCGCAGGCUGGAAUGUUUAAUUUUCCCAAAACUCCUCCGACUAUAAGCCAAAAAUAUCCCUUAGAUAUGGGUAUGCCAUCGACUAGUUCGUCCAAAACAAUUAAAGAUCAGCCUCUGCCAACGGCUUUGACAGUAUCACGAGGAUCCGCGUUGAGCUCAAUUGGAACUCCAUCUUUCCCAGUAGAUUCAGGAAUAUCAAUACGCCAGGUAGCAAUAAACCUAUCAGAAAAAUCCAAAGAAUCUCCUUCAGUCAAGGACAAAAAUCGUAAAAGUUUAGACCUAUCUUUAAGUCCGGCUGUAGAUAUAUCACCAGUUAGAAAACCAGAAGUCAUUAGUUACAGAUCUGACAGUUUUUCGAAAGAUGUAGAAAUUAUCCCGAAUUAUCCAAAGAAGUCUAAACAUCUGCACAAGAAGAAAGUAAAAACAGAUGAGAAUAAAAAUGUUACAGAAUUGUCGAUAAACCCACUUGCAGGUAAAUAUGCAGCAAAACAAUCGAAAGAGAUCAAGAUUAAAGCAGAAACUGUCUCGAAUGUUGCCGAAAUUGUUGACCAGCCUUCAGUCACACCUCCUAAACAUUCAAAAGGAAGUUAUAAACAUGCUACGAAAGAAAAAACUACUGAAAAUCUGGCUGGCAUCAAAUGUUUUAAAGAUCCUUCCAAAUUCGAAAUGGCAAAGAAAAUGAAAGCCUAUUAUAAUAAAUCGGAGUCAAGCAAAAAAUCAGAAAAACCUAACCCAGAUUUACCGGGUAACGUAAAUAUACUUUGCCACACUUCAAAAGAAGGCAGUCCUAAGUCAGAUAUGACCAAAAAGCGAGAAUAUCAUCAGAUAAAUCCCAAAUCACAACCAGUAAAGGAUAUAUCUAAAUCUGUUGCAAAACCAGAACCAAUUAUGUCAAAAUCAGAAUCUUUCCAAAAACUUGAAAGUCUGUCGAGAUCUGGAUUAUCAAUAGUCAAAUCGGCAUCACCAAAAAAACCAGAAAACAGUUCACGACCAACGGAGCCAAUAAAAAAAUUGGAAAGUCAGUCUAAACCAGGAAGUUCAUACAUUAGCCCUCCAAAAAAACUCGGUCUCUCACAGUCCGAGAUGAGUAGAAAGUUGGAAUAUCUUUCCAAGUCUGGAUUACAUUUAGAAAAAUUUUCCAAGUCCGCCAAACAAGUUGAGGGGAUUCAGACAGCUGGACCGUCGAGACAUGAGGAAUCUAGACUAAGAUCUGAAUUGGUCAAACCAAAAGACCAGGCCAGACCGGAAUCUGGUGCGCAGACAACUAAAUAUGUCUCGAAUAAACCUGAAAUUCAUGAUAAAAAUGACAGUGAUGAUGAUGAUGAUGUUAUUUGUAUAGAUUAGUUUUAGUUUGUAUAUUAUUGAUAAUUAAAUAUUUUGUACC